CAAAUUUCCCACCGAAGAAGUUGUUGUCAUUCUUGUGUGUGUCGUUGGCCAAAAUCGUUCGAGAAGCAGGAAAAAGUUGGAAUUUCUGCACUUUAUCGGCCACCGUCGGUACCCCAAUCGGUGCGUGCUUCUUCCGGUGGCGUUCGUGGAACUUUUCCACGCGGUUCCGUCGUUUCGUGCGUCCGUUUGUUGCCCGUUCCGUCGGAGAUUGACCGUUCCGGUGUCGAUUCCGGUCCCGGAGAGCGCGAUUCCGGCUGUUCCCGGUAGGAAAUCUGCCAACAGCUAAAAAUCCACCCAAAGCCAGAAGGAAAUCAGAAAUAAAAAAAUCCAAGAUGGUGAAAAGGAAAACGCAACCGCUGAUCGAUUCCGAGAGCAGCAGCGAUUCCGAGUCGGGGUCCGAUCUGGAUUCGGAGCUGCUCUCGCUGGCCAAAAAGAAGAAGACAACCCGGCUGGCGUCCAAUUCGCCGGGUGGCGCCGGCGGUGCCGACUCGGGCUCCGAUUCGGACUCCGGCUCGGGGUCCGACUCCGACGGUGAACCCGCCGAGGCAAAGGCCGCCCCAGCGGCACCUGCCCAGCGCAAGAAGCGCGGUGCCAAGGCUGCUUCGUCGUCGGAGGAGUCGGAGGAAUCUGAAUCCGAAGAGGAGGAGGAAGAAGAGGAGGAAUCCGAAGGGGAGCAGAAGAAACCUGCUGCGGUGACAGCGGCGGCGGCGGCGCCGGCGACCGGGGUGAAGCGCAAGCAGGACGAUGAGGAGGGGGACAAGUCGGAGCCGGAAGAGGGUCAGGUUUCGUCGGAGGGGGAGUCGGGUUCGGGGAGUGAGGAUGAUGAGAGUGGCAGCGAAAGCAGCAGCGACGAUUCCGAGUUUGACGAUGGGUACGACGAGAAUCUGAUGGGGGAUGAGGAGGAUCGGGCCCGGUUGAACGGGCUGUCCGAGAAGGAGCGAGAGACGGAGAUCUUCAAGCGUAUCGAGCGGCGUGAUGUGAUGAAGACGCGGUGGGAGAUCGAACGGAAGUUGAAGCUGGCCAAGAAGGCGGAACGGGCAAAGGACAAGGAAUCGCAGCCGCCGCGGAAAAAGAAGAAGAAGACCAAGAAGGUGAAGCAGCAGCAGCAGGCAAAGGCACAGCAACAGAAAGAACAGAAGGAACAGCUAGAGAAGAAGAAAGCGAAGGCUCCCUCGCCGGAACCGGAAGAGGAAUCUCCGGCACCGUCCGGUGCUGCCCAGCGUCAGGACGAGCACGAGGACGCUUCCGAGGGUGAGGUUGAUAAUGAGAGUGUACUUUCUUCGUCGCCGGAAAAGUCCGGUAAGGAUGCGGAAUCGGGCGGUACGUCGGACUACUUUGAUCCGAAGGAGCGGUCCAAGGAGCGCAAGAAGAACGUCGAAGCGAACCGAACGGAUGAUAAACGAAGCAAUGCCAUGGCCAUGCUGAAGGCCAAGCGUGAGGGCAAAGCGAAACGAGAGGAAGAGGAAGCCAAGCGGGAGGCGCAACGCAAGGCUGAAGCGGAAGAUCGGGACGAGCUGGAGGACGUGCCCGGGGGUAGCAAGUCUUCGCAGAAGCUCAAAGCUUCCGACAUUUACUCGGACGAUUCGGGUAGCGAUUCGGACGAGGGUGAGAAGAAAACCGGUACAGCACGCUCACGGUCCGGCUCGGCAAGCGGAAGCGGAUCGGGCAGUGACAGUCGAUCUUCUUCGGACAGCGAAACCGAGGGCAGCGAUGCGAAGGAAAAGAAGAGCAGCUCCGGGUCGGGUUCCAGCAAAAAGGUGGUCGCAAUCAGCACCCGGGACGAGCUGAACAAGCUGCGACUGUCGCGACACAAGAUCGAACGGUUCAUUGCGCUGCCCAUGUUCGACACGAUCGUGCUCAACUGCUUCGUGCGCAUCAACAUCGGCAACAACAACGGACGGCCCGUCUACCGGGUAGCGGAGAUCGUCGGUGUCGUGGAAACCGCCAAAAUCUACCAGUUUGGCCGGGGUCGCACCAACAAGGGCUUCAAGCUGAAGCACGGCAGCCAGGAGCGCGUCUUCCGGCUGGAGUUCAUCUCUAACCAGGACUUUACCGACAGCGAGUACCAGAAGUGGCUCAGCGUGUGCGAAGCCACAGGGACGCCGAUGCCGUGCGUGGACAUCAUCGACAGGAAGGCGAGCGAAAUCAAGGAAGCCAUCCAGUACGAGUUCAAGGACGCCGACAUCGACAAGAUCAUCGAGGAGAAGAACCGCUUCCGGGCGCACCCGACCAACUACGCCAUGAAGAAGACGCUGCUCAUGAAGGAACGCGACGCGGCCCAGCUGCGCGGCGAGGACGACCUGGCCCGCGAUCUCAACACGCAAAUCCAGGAGCUCGAGGAGCGCGCCUCCCACCUGGACAAGCGGCGCAGUAGCAGUAUUAGCUUGAUUUCGUACAUUAACGAUCGGAACCGCAAGCGCAACGUCGAGGACGCCGAGAAGGCCAUCAUGGAGGAGAUCCGGGCGACGCGCGGCAUCAAGAUCGAGGAUCCGUUUACGCGCCGCCAGACGCAGCCGCGCAUGUCGUUCAAGGCGAACGAGAAGCGGGACGAGCCGGAGGCGAUGCAGAUGCCCGCGCCACCGCCGCCCGGCCAGAAGAAGAAACCGGACGAGAAGCGGGCCUCGUCCAGCGCGGACAACAACCUGUACUCGCUGCAUGAUUUCGAGAUCGAUCUGGACGUGCCGCUGCCGAUCAGCGCCGUGAAUGUUCUUCCGAAGCCGGUGGAGAAACCGGUCAAAGAGUCCGGUCCGAAGCGCUCGCUCAACCUGGAAGACUACAAAAAGAAGCGGGGCUUGAUCUAGAGGCGCACGUAUCGGCUACUACUACUAACCACUAUUGGCUACCAUCUACGAUGACUAAUUUAGACACGCCAAGCUGGCUGGAGAGUAGCAAUAGGACGUAAGUGCUGUAAAACUACUACUACUACUACAACUACACAAAUAUAAUUGUGGAAAAAUCAAUUGCAACACGAAAUCACAAAAAAAAAACACACACACACACAUCAACAACAACAAACUAUUAACAUGGUCACAACUCAGGCGGGUAACGAACAAAACAAAACAAGAAGAGGAAAAAAAAACACGAACGGCUUAAGUUUUCUCCGGGUCCGGUUCCGGUGAAAUCGGACAGUGGUUAUCAUUUUCGUACUCAACCACACCACACCCAAAUGAAAACCACUAAUCAUACGACACGGCACGAAAGAGUUUGUAAAAUGGCAUCGGUUACUUCCGCUUUGGUGGCGCCCCCCGUAGGAAAAGGAUUGUGCGAGCGAAGCAGAUGGAAAAUUAAGCAACCCCCAACUAGCGUGUACACAUACUUUAAUAAUUAUUAGCUUAGACUGUCUUCUGUAGUUUAAUUUAUUUUACCAUCCUUUUUUUUAAAGAUAUCGAUGAUUACAGUUGUGUAGGAUAAUCUCACGAUGAUUAUAAAGAAGAAGAAAAAACUGCAAAUAAAAUAUUGUAUUGCGCAUUCUGAUGAUGUAAGGUUUAGCAGCAAGCGUUAAGAAGAAAAAAAUAAAUAACAAAUUGAAUUGUUAUGAUUCAGGUAGAA